AUGGCGACACAUCGCCGCAGCCGUAGCCCUGGUGAUCGUGACCGGUACGAUCGUAAUGAUAAUGAUGGUCGUUCUAGAAAACAUGGCUUAGACGAUAUGUUUCUACAAACAAGAAGAGAAGAAAGAUGCAGAAUUAGUGAAAUGGGAGUCACUGGAGUCUGGGGAAAUUCUCCUAAAGAACCAAUAAACAAUUCAGAAGAUGAAGAUGACGAGAUGCAAGCUGCCAAGACAAACGAAUCUUUUACUAAUGGCAAGAGAAAAAAUCACAAGGGUCACCAUAAAUCCAAAAAGAAAUCUAAAAAGCAUAAGAAAAGAGAAAGGCGUAAGAAACAUUCUGGUAGUGAUGCGACUGAACCUGAUGGUAGCCCUAGCGAUGGAGAAAGUGAUGAAGAAUUAUGGAUCGAGAAAGACAAUACUGACAGUAAGAACGCUUUCAUUGGGCCAACACCGUUGGUUCAAGUUGCACCGAGUUCGGGCCCUGUCAAUUAUGGUGGCGCUUUGUUACCCGGAGAAGGUGAAGCUAUGGCACAAUUUGUUGCUGCCGGUAAGCGUAUCCCACGUCGUGGUGAAAUUGGAUUAACUAGUAACGAAAUUGCAAACUAUGAAACUUCUGGCUAUGUGAUGAGUGGUAGCCGUCAUAGGAGAAUGGAAGCUGUUCGUUUACGUAAAGAAAACCAAAUUUAUAGUGCUGAUGAAAAAAUGGCAUUGGCUUCUUUUAAUUACGAAGAACGUUCUAAGCGAGAGAACGAUAUACUGAAAGGUUUCAGGCAGUUAGUCCAUGCUAAGAGCAAAAGCAAGCUCCUUAGCAUGGGUGUCAUUACACACGACGAGUUUGAUAAAUCCGAUCAAUAA